UCCGCAAACCACAAGCGGCGAGUACUAUACAAUGAGUCAAUUUUAAGUUUAACCUAAAACCCCCCAAUAUUUUUUUGGAAGAGGACCUUCUUGUGACAGAAAAAGCCCUAACAUGUCGUCUCGGUGACCGAAGAAACAGAAUCAAGGGAAAGGAAGUGAAACCCUAGUUUUGUAGAUUCGCGAGAGAGUGGGAAAGAGAGAAUGGGGAAGAAGAAGAAGAGAGCGUCAUCGAAGGUGUGGUGCUAUUACUGCGACAGAGAGUUCGACGACGAGAAGAUAUUGGUGCAACACCAGAAAGCCAAGCACUUCAAGUGCCAUGUCUGUCACAAGAAGCUCUCCACCGCCGGUGGCAUGGCUAUCCACGUCCUCCAGGUUCACAAAGAGACCGUCGCCAAGGUGCCAAAUGCAAAACCUGGUAGAGAAUCAACAGAAAUUGAAAUAUAUGGAAUGCAAGGAAUACCAGCUGACGUCAUGGCAUCUCAUUAUGGAGAGGAAGAUGAGGAUGCCCCAUCAAAAUUGGCCAAAGUGGAGACACCUUCCUCCCAACUUCUUGGUGGUGUGGCACCAGGAUCAUUAGGCAUGUUUCCUCCUCAAUCAACUUUAGGCAUUACGCGGCCAAUUUAUAAUCCUGCGUUACCAAUGCCUCCUGCUGGUUGGCCAGUUCCUCCUCGUCCCCAACAUUGGUUCCCACAUCAACCAGUUGCUUCAAUUCCUCCUCCCAUGCCACUUGGUCUGCCACAACAGCCUUUAUUUCCAGUACAGAAUAUGAGACCUCUUACACCAUCUACUGCAUCACCUGCCCUUCAACCAUCCUUGCCAAUCGCUCCUCCAGGACUGCCCUCGUCUACACCUUCUGUUCCUAUAUCUCAACCAUUGUUCCCUGUCGUUGCUAAUAAUAGUAUACCUAGUCAAAAUUCACCAUUUUCGGCCCCUAUGCUUUCUACAAGUAUUCCAUUAAGCAGUCCAGCGGAACUCAGAAGCCCAAUUGACCUCCAUACCAACAACACUUCUGUGACAAGUAGCUACCACAACCCAAGCAUUCAAGGCAAUUCACAUUCUUAUGCCUCUGGCCCAAAUACUGGUGGUCCUUCAAUUGGGCCGCCUCCUGUAAUUGCAAACAAAGCUCCUGCUACCCAACCAGCCACAAAUGAGGUUUAUUUGGUUUGGGAUGAUGAGGCUAUGUCCAUGGAGGAAAGAAGAAUGUCCUUGCCAAAGUAUCAGGUGCAUGAUGAAACUAGCCAGAUGAGCUCAAUUGAUGCAGCCAUUGACAGAAGGAUAUCGGAAAGCAGGCUUGCUGGUCGAAUGCCCUUUUAAAUUAGCUGGCACCGUGUUGGCAUGACUUGGACGUCUCUUUGGAUCCGAAAGCAAACAUUGUGGAAUUUAUUGACUUGAAUGGCAAGUCCUGGUCUUCAUCUUGUUAUACUGGAGUUCUAGUCUCAUUGUUUAGAUUGAUGUGUUGUAUUUUUUGGAAGAGAAGACAUAGCACGAGCCAUUCUUCUAACCAUAAGUUGAGGGAUAAACGUUUAAUUAAAUUUUAGACCCAGUCAGCAUUUAAUACUAUUUCGAGUUUUAGGUUUUUUUGUAAGUCCUUUUUCAAUUAUGGGGAUAUAUUGACAUUUCGUUGAUCA